AUGUUAAGAACGCAACUCAAAGGAAAUUUGGGGUUUUCUAAAAACUUAACUAAAUUAAGCUCAAUUUUAAAAUUUGAACCAAGUAUAAGCGCUUACACUUUUGGUGCUUGUUUUCAAUCCAGUAAGGCAAAUGUCAGCAGUGAAAACUUUGCAUCAAUACAUUCUCCAAGUGAAAUCUCCUUAAAACAACUAGAUACGUUUCAACGCCGUCAUUUAGGUCCCAAUGUUACAAAUGUCAGUGCUAUGUUAAAGACUAUUGGCUAUGAAAAUUUAGAUGAAUUCAUUAAUAAUGCAGUACCUCCUCAAGUUCUAUCUAAAAGAAAAUUAGAUUUUGUCAAUACUCCAGCAAAUGGCUUUACUGAAUCGGAGAUAUUAUCCGAAUUGAAAACGAUUGCUUCCAAAAACAAACCAAAUUUGAAAAAUUUCAUUGGUAAAGGGUAUUACGGUACGAUUUUACCACCUGUUAUCCAAAGAAAUUUGUUAGAAAGCCCUGAAUGGUACACUAGCUAUACUCCAUAUCAGCCAGAAAUUUCUCAGGGAAGAUUAGAAUCUUUAUUGAAUUUUCAAACGGUUAUUUCUGAUUUAACCGGACUACCUGUUGCCAAUGCAUCUUUGUUAGAUGAAGGUACCGCAGGUGGGGAGGCUUUGCUGUUAUCAUAUUACUUACAUAAAAAAAAGAAAAACACCUUUAUUAUUGAUUCUAACUUAUUUACUCAAACCAAGUCCGUUUUGAAGACUAGAGCGGAACCUUUUGGCAUUAAAUUAAUUGAAGUCGAUUUUUUGAAGGAAGACGUUCCGGUUGAAUUGUUAGAGAAUAAUAGCGAUGUUUUCGGCUGUAUGGUUCAAUAUCCAGGUGCUAAUGGUGAAAUUUUGGCCCAAGAAAAAUUGACUAGAAUCAGCGAAUUAGUCCAUAAAAACAAGGGAUUAUUUAGUGUUGCCUCUGAUUUGAUGGCUUUGACUUUGUUAACACCACCUUCUAGUUUUGGCGCCGAUAUAUGUUUUGGUUCUUCUCAAAGAUUUGGAUGUGCUCCAGGUUAUGGUGGUCCACAUGCUGCAUUUUUCAGUGUUGUUAAUAAACUAAAUAGGAAAAUUCCAGGUAGAAUUGUUGGUGUUUCUAAAGACAGAUUGGGAAGGCGUGCUUUAAGAUUAGCUUUACAAACUAGAGAACAACAUAUUAAACGUGAUAAGGCUACUUCAAAUAUAUGUACUGCUGAGGCCUUGCUAGCUAACAUUGCCGCUAUGUAUUGUGUUUAUCAUGGUCCCGAUGGGUUAAAAAAAAUUGCGUCAAGAAUAUAUGGUAUGACUACCUUACUAGCGCACCAAAUCAAUAAUUUCAGUUCUCACAACGUCACUAACAAAAACUGGUUUGAUACACUAACCAUCCAAUUGCAGGACGGUAUUAGUGCUGAUGAAUUUAUGGCAUUGGCUGUCAAUAAAUUUAGCAUUAAUUUAUUUCGUGUUAACGAUUCCACAGUUGCUUUAUCCUUGGAUGAAACCACCACCAAGGAAGAUUUAAUUAAAUUGAAUCAGUUAUUCACUGGUUUGGAGACUUUAGAAAUCGCUGAUGAAGCAUUACCAUCUAUUGAAUCAUUACCAUCUUUAAGAACCGAUGCCAUCUUGUCCAACAAAGUUUUCCACUUACACCAUACUGAAACGGCAAUGUUAAGAUAUUUACAUCGCUUGCAAUCCAGAGAUCUAUCUUUGGCCAACAGUAUGAUUCCAUUAGGCUCAUGUACCAUGAAGUUGAACUCCACUGUUGAAAUGAUCCCAAUUACAUGGCCUGAAUUUGCCAAUGUACAUCCGUUCCAACCCGCUAACCAAGUUGAAGGCUAUAGAGAAUUGAUUUCAGCGGUAGAAAACGAUUUAAGUAACAUUACAGGCUUUGAUGCUACUUCUUUGCAACCAACCUCCGGCGCUUCUGGCGAAUAUACAGGUUUAAGAGUUAUCCAAAGUUAUUUGAAAACAACUGUUGAUGGUACUAAGAGAAACAUUUGUUUGAUUCCUGUUUCUGCCCACGGUACCAACCCAGCUAGCGCUGCUAUGAGUGGCAUGAAGGUUGUGCCGGUAAAAUGUUUGAAAAAUGGGUCUUUGGACUUGGAAGAUUUAACUGAGAAAGCUACAAAAUAUAGGGAAAAUUUAGCCUGUAUUAUGAUUACCUACCCAAGUACCUACGGUUUGUUUGAACCAUUUAUCAAAGAUGCCAUUAAUAUUGUACAUGAAAAUGGUGGUCAAGUUUACAUGGAUGGUGCCAAUAUGAAUGCACAAGUAGGGUUGACUUCCCCCGGCGAUCUAGGCGCCGAUGUUUGUCAUUUGAAUUUGCAUAAAACUUUUGCAGUCCCCCAUGGUGGUGGUGGUCCGCCAAAUUCUGCCAUCUGUGUUAAACCCCAUUUGGCUAAAUUUUUGCCUCAGCACGAUGUUGCUAAAAUGAUCACCAAUGUUGGUGAAAAGGGUUCAAGUAUUCCAGCCGUUUCUUCUGCUGCGUAUGGGAAUGCCUCUUUAUUACCAAUUCCAUUUUCUUAUAUUAAAAUGAUGGGUAGUAAUGGCUUGCCCUACUCUUCAGUCAUAGCUCUGUUAAAUGCAAAUUAUAUGAUGAAUAGAUUAAGAGAUCAUUAUAAGAUUUUAUUUAUUGGUGGUGAAAAUGAAUCUAAGCAUUGUGCUCAUGAAUUUAUUGUUGAUUUGAGGGAAUUUAAAAGCAGUGCUGGUAUAGAAGCUAUUGAUGUUGCCAAAAGGUUGCAAGAUUAUGGUUUCCAUGCUCCAACUUUGGCUUUCCCUGUUCCAGGCACAUUAAUGAUCGAACCAACGGAGUGUGAAAAUAAGGAAGAACUAGAUAGGUUUGUAGAUGCCAUGAUUUCAAUAAGAAAGGAACUUGAUUAUUGCAUCAACAAGGAUCCAAGAGGACAAAUGUUAAAGAAUGCUCCACAUUCAUUAGAAGAUGUUGUUUUUAGUAAAGAUUGGGAAACCACUAGAAGAUAUACUAGAGAAGAAGCUGUUUAUCCUUUACCAUACUUGCUACAAAAUAAAUUUUGGCCACAAGUUGCUAGAUUAGAUGAUACGUAUGGUGAUUUGCACUUGAUGUGUACUUGCCCUUCCGUAGAAGAAGUUGCCAAGGAGAAAUAA